UGUGUGUGCGCGCGCGCGUGUGUGUGCGCGCGCGUGACUGCGAGGAGACCGAGGAUUAUCUGACUAUAUGUUGAAAUACAACACAUAACGUAAAGAAAAAGAGGAAAUGAGUGUUUCCGUGGUGGCGCCUUCUUGUUGUUCUUCAGCGGCUGUAACAGAAGGACCAGCGGAGGACACGCUGCCACCAAGGUGAGAUGAGGGACCGACUGUGUGAGCUGGAGACCAUCACCUCCAAUCAUUUAGCAGAGGGUUGCGAGAACCCCGACAACACCAGCGAGGAUGAGGAGCUGGGCCAACAGGCCAUCGUGUUCCAGGGAGAGGACGUGAUGGACAACAUCUACAAGGAGGCCCAGGCCAUGAGGAAGGACAUGCAGCUGCUCAAGCUGGACGUGAAGCGCCUCGGGAAGCAGAACACCAGGUUCCUCACGUCCGUCCGGAGGUUCAGCAGCAUCAAACGGGACUCCAACGCGCUCGGGCGGGAAAUCAAGGCCAGGGGCGACGCCAUUUACGCUCGGCUGGAAAGGAUCAGGAAGCUGAGCAAGGAGCAGGAGGAGGAGCACGGCCCCGCGUCCGCUGUGGCCCGCAUGGCGCGUGCCCAGUGCGUGUCUCUAACCAGCGCCUUCCACGACGCCAUAUCAGAGUACAACGAGGCGGAGAUGGUCCAGAGGGAGAACUGUAAAACUCGCAUCCAGAGGCAAGCGGAGAUCAUGGGCAAGGAGGUGAGCAGGGAGCAGAUCGACGAGAUGAUCGAGACGGGCAAGUGGAACGUCUUCUCCGAUAACCUCCUGCUGGAGGGGAGGACUGCCAGAUCUGCUCUCAGCGAGAUCGAGACCCGGCACAAGGAGCUGCUGGAGCUGGAGGGCCGCAUCAGGGACAUCCAUGAGCUCUUCUCGCAGAUGGCCCAGCUGGUGGAGGAGCAGGGCUGCAUGCUGGACAACAUAGAAGCCAACGUCGAUGCGACUCAGGACUAUGUUGUCAAGGCCACCGCUCACAUCAAGAAGGCUGUGAAAUACCAGAAAAACAAUCCAUGCAGAAAACUCUUCUGUUGUUGCUGCCCUUGCUGCAAGUGAGACGGCACCAGUGUUAUUUUCUCAUUUGGCUUCAGUUUAGCUUCCUAUGCAUAAGAUAACAAUUGCUUUAGUUUUUAGUUUAUGUAUUUAUUGAAGUGAAAUGAAGCCGUGACGCGCUAGUGGAGUUCACAGCCGUUCUGAGAAAAGGACCCUUAUUUCAAACCACACAACCAACAUAGAUAUACAAAUGGCGGUUACAUUUCCUGAUGGUUGCUAAGAAUGUGAGCAUGAUUACUGUAGAGACAUCUACAAUAUAAUGAGUAACCCUCAGCCUAUAAUUUUCUGCUGUAAUGCUAUGUAAAACAUUUAAGUAGUGUAUAUAUACGCAGCCUGAAUGUAGCUGCUUUGGUAACGGAAACUGUCAGUAUGUCUGUUUCACACUGCAGCUAUUACUUAACAAGUCUUAGGAAACUAGCUAGGAAGUAGCUCUUGUGGUUGGCCUGUGGGGGCAAGAUAGAUUGGUAUGGAGCGUGCAACGACGUGUCAGCCAUCCGCAUGUUCUGUGCACUUAUCACCGGCUUCAGGCCCGGCUUUGAGGUUUCUCAAGACCUGUUGCUUCACAGGAAAGACAACACGCUGUGUAAUGCCUCCACUUUUCAGACAUUAAACUGUGUCAUCUUGAAGCUUUCCUGUCAUUUCCCUCACCCCCCCCCCCCCUCCCACCC